UUCGCUGCUUUUUCUCUCGUGGAAUCCUAUUUCUCACAUUUCCUCGUCUCUUUUGUAUCCACUUUACUGACAUCUCCCUCUCUCUGCCCCUCGUUGAGCAACGACGAUUCCUUCCUCGCUAUUUCCUUCCCUCCUCUAAGCUCUACGCGAGUCGAGACGACACCGAGAGAAGACUGCCAGCGAGCGAACUGGGAAAGCGGGGGUGGGGGGGUGGGGGGCGCGGGGGAGAGAGAGAGAUGGCUUCGUUCAUUGCGGGGGACUGGACCAGUCGCGACGCUUCCAUGAUGGUCGACAUGGAGAGCCACCAUCACCAACAGCAGCGGCAACUCCAUCCGCCUCUGCAGGCCCAGCGCCGGGCGCCUUCCUCCACUUGCGACCUCCACCCGGGCGAGACCGUCACUGGCUUCUGCGCAUCUUGCCUCCGCGAGCGCCUCGCUGGCCUCGAGACCCCCACUGCUGCUUCCGGCCGCAAGUCCACCUCCGCCCUCCGAUCCGUGUUUUGCAAGGUGACCGCUGGUGCCGCCCCUUCCGCGGGCCCCUCAUUCCUCCGCCGGUCCAAGUCCUUCUCCUUUGGCCGCGGCGGCGGCGGGGGCGGGGGCGGGGCCGGCGACGGGUUCUCUGCCCAGCGACCCCCCGCCGCCACCUUCGAGCCCCAGCGCAGGUCCUGCGACGUCCGCGGCCGCAGCACGCUGUGGUCCCUCUUCCACGAGGACGACCGCCACAGGGGGCCUCAAAGCGCCUCGACCUCCACCGUCGCCGCGGCGUCUGCUGGGGUAGCAAACGAUGUGGUGUGCCGGAACCAAGGCCAUUCGGGUCCCUCCGUCGCCCCUGCCGUCCCCGAAACCCGCGAAGAGGAGGUCGACGACGGCGGCGACGAGAUCAGGCCUGUUGACCCUGUCGUCCUGGUGGUCGGAUCCUCGGGGGAGAUAACUGAGGAAAGGCAGGAGGGGGCUGAGGAGAAGAAGGCGGAACUGAAGCCGAUGAAGGACCACAUAGAUCGCGACUCCCAGCAGCAGGCAAAGAAACCGCCGUCCAAGGACCUCAAGGAAAUCGCCAGCAGCUUCUGGCUCGCGGCCUCCGUGUUCAGCAAAAAGCUUCAGAAGUGGGGGAGAAGACAGAAGCUGAAGAAGCAAGGCGGCGACGCCGCAAUGCCGGCGGAGAAGCCAGCCAAGACAUCCCGGCGGUUCCGCGACACGCAGUCGGAGGUCGCCGUGGAUGCCUCCGGCCGGAGAUCCUGCGACACCGACCCGCGCUUCUCUCUGGACGCCGGCCGGAUGUCCUUCGAUGACCCCAGGUUCUCGUGGGACGAGCCGAGGGCGUCUUGGGACGGGUACCUGUUUGGAGGCCGAUCCGUGCUCCCUCGGCUCCCUCCCAUGCUCUCCGUCGUCGAGGACGCCCCCGCCCCUGCCGUCCAACGGUCAGACUACCUGAUCCCCGUCGAGGAGGACGCCGCGAUCCCAGGGGGGUCCACGCAGACUCGAGACUACUACUUGGACUCCUCCAGUCGGCGGAGGCGAAGCCUCGACCGCUCCAGCUCCGUCAGGGAGCAGCCUGUCGAGACCAGUGAGCCUAAGCCGGUCUCCAACGGGAAGGUAUCCCCUGCAAAUGGAAUGGACUUCUUACACUUUCACCAUGACACCUUGCUUGACCGGGAUGUGAAAGACUGGAGCUCGAAUUCUCUGAGGGACGAUUACUCGGGCAGCUUCGAGUCGGCUUUCAGGGAUCCUCACAGAGGUGCUGCUGCCAAAAAGUCCAGGAGGUGGAGCAAAGCAUGGAAUAUAUGGGGUUUUAUUCAGCGAAGAAACAGUGGCAGAGGAGAAACCAAUAUGGUCGAGCGAUCCUUGUCGGAGACCUGGCCGGAGCUAGGAUCCAAGAGCUUUAGUAGCAAGAUUCUCCGGAGUAAUAGCAGUGUGAGCUUCAGGAGCUCUUUCAGUGGCAGUGCCGGGUUUGGGGGCACGAAGAACAGCAGUACGAAGCCCAAUGGCAAUCAUAAGAACAGGAGAGAUGAAUUUGGUUUGGAGAGGAACAGAAGUGCUCGGUAUUCUCCAAACCAUGUAGACAAUGGCAUGCUGCGGUUUUACUUGACGCCGAUGCGAAAUAGCCGGAGGACUGGAGUUUCAGCGAGCGGGAGACAGAUACCUUCCCAAUACUUCACAAGGAGCAUGCUUGGAUUGCAUUGAGCUGAUUCUUCCUUCCUUCUAUCAGGUGAGACAUUUGUUGCGUGGCCAAAUGAGUUUACUGAUUUAUGCUGUGGAGGGGAAUCAAUAAUCAGUCCAAUUGUGCUUAGGGCUAUCAGGAAAUGAACAUUUGCUGUAAUAUGCCCUGCACAUGUUCUCCUCCAACAUGAUGCUGGCCCCAGCAGUCUGGUCACUUCAGAUCAAUUCAGUCUGUUUAGCCAUCUUUCUCAAUCAUGUAAUUUGCCUAGCUCUUUCUCUUCGGAUGCUCUUUAUGCUGGUCCACCCGAAAGAUUGAUGAAGACAGUUGAAAGGAGGUUUUGAGGAGCAAAGACAGCUCGAUACCACUUCAGAGGCAGCCGACCGGCGAAGUGAGGACCGGUUGUUGUGACAUCAGAGCUACAGCAGGACACUUUGAAAAGUUGAACCAACUCUGAAGGAUCAAAGCAUGUGACAUUAGGCUGCCUGUCAUGCUAAUCUUAGAACGAAACCAAAUGACCUGUUUAGUAGCUUGAGAUUUUAACCUGUGAAUGAAAUUUAUGGUCAUUUCAUUC